GGAGGACAAAAGGAGAACGAGUUGAUUUAGUGUGUCAUUGCUUCUGGCUCCCCCUACUGUUGGCCUCCCAGUUUUCUCCCUACCAACCCUUAUGGCAUCCGUCAUCACUGGGGAGACAGGGGCUGUUACCUUCAUGCUUUGCUUGUGGGGCUUCCUAGAAACAUAAAUGCAAACCACAGAACCGGAUAUUGAGAAAAUUCCAGUUCUUUGAUAAUGGCUUGAUGCAUAAUUAGAGUGGGAGGAGGAAGAGAAAGUAGGGGAGGAGCCUGCCAAAUGCUUAAAUCAUUCUUCACUCACUUUCCUGUUCUGUUCGCGUAUGAGUGUUUAUUUGAAAAAGUAUUUGGAGUACCUCACUUAGCAAAAGAAAUGGCCCCAACAAGUUUUGCCCUCCAAGUUCCCAAGGCAAAAGAUAUGAGCAUCUUCUUACUUUCGGCAUUGCUAUUCUUUUCCACCCUGCGAAGCUGCUACACAGAUAAUCCUAGUCCGCUGGAAAAGUGCUUCCAGGAUGCUGAGUAUGAGAAUUAUCUAGAGAUAGCCAAGAACGGGCUGGGCAAAGCAUUGCACCCAAGACAUGUGCUGAUUGUGGGAGCAGGCAUAGCAGGCCUCAGCGCAGCCUACGCUCUCACAGAAGCUGGACACCAGGUGACAGUUCUUGAAGCCAGUGACCGCGUGGGGGGACGAGUGGAGACGUAUCGAAAUGAGCAAGAAGGCUGGUAUGCAGAUCUGGGGCCCAUGCGUUUGCCUCAGGUACACAGGAUCGUCCGCGAAUAUGUCAGAAAGUUUGGCCUGAGUCUGACGGAAUUCUUUCCGGAGGAUGAGAAUGCCUGGUAUUUGAUUGACAACAUCAGGAGGCGAGUCGGGGAGGUCAAGAGGAACCCCAGCCUCUUGAAUUACACUGUGGAUCCCUCGGAAGAAGGCAAAACCGCUGGCCAGCUGUAUGAGGAGUCCCUCCAUCGGGUUGAAGAAGAGGUGAAGAGGACAAACUGUAGCUACGUGCUGGGUAAAUAUGACACCUUCUCAACCAAGCAAUAUUUAAUCAAAGUAGCAAAGCUGAGUCGUGGAGCUGUCGAAAUGAUUGGGGACUUGCUCAAUGAAGAUGCUGGCUAUUACCAGUCGUUCAUCGAAAGUAUGAGAGGUGAAGUGAUCUUCUCUUCUAGAAAGAGGUUUGAUCAAAUCAUAGGAGGCUUUGACCAGCUGCCAAUAGCCAUUUACAGAAGCAUUUCAGAAAGGGUGCAUUUCGGUACUAGGGUGGUCAGGAUGGAGCAGGCAGGCGAGAGCGUCACCGCUUUUUAUCAAACCGCCAACAAAGCACUGCGCAGCGUGACAGCCGAUUACGCCGUGGUCACCUCCACCGCCAGGGCCACGAGGCGCAUCCAUUUUGAGCCGCCCCUGUCGCGUAACAAAAGCCACGCCUUGCGGUCCAUCCACUACAGGAGCGUCACUAAAGUCUUCCUCGCUUGCGCCGAGAAGUUCUGGGAAGCUGACGGGAUCUGCGGUGGGAAGUCCACAACUGAUUGCCCGGCCCGAUUCAUCUACUACGUCAGUCAAAACUUUUCCGGUGACGUUGGGGUUGUCUUGGCUUGCUACGUCCACAGUGACGACUCCCGUUUCUUUCAGGCCCUCAGCCAUGAUGACAUCAUUAGCAUCACCCUGGAUGACUUGUCUGCCAUCCACCAGCUGCCCAAGGGGUACAUCCAGUCUGUGUGCCAGUCAUCCAUAAUAAAGAGAUGGAGCUUGGAUAAAUAUUCCAUGGCUGGCUUUGCUGCCUUCACCCCCUACCAGUUUGUUGAUUACAGCGAACCUCUCGAGGAGCCAGAAGGCAGGAUCCAUUUUGCUGGGGAACACACUACCAAACUCCACGGCUGGCUGGACUCCGCAAUCAUGUCAGGGUUGAGAGCAGCAAGAGAAAUCAACCUUGCAUCUGGGAAGUGGCUGCCCAGGAUCAAGGCUCCUGACAAAGAGGAACUUUAAACAGGCACUCUGCAAAAGGAGAAAAGAUCAUUUGAAGGAAUACAGUGGUACCUCGGGUUACAUACGCUUCAGGUUACAUACGCUUCAGGUUACACACUCUGCUAACCCAGAAAUAGUGCUUCAGGUUAAGAACUUUGCUUCAGGAUAAGAACAAAAAAUCGGGCUCCGGCGGCACAGCGGCAGCAGGAGGCCCCAUUAGCUAAAGUGGUGCUUCAGGUUAAGAACAGUUUCAGGUUAAGAAUGGACCUCCAGAACGAACUAAGUACUUAACCUGAGGUACCACUGUAUCUUGACAUACAGGAGUUUUGAAUCGGGACAAGUCAAAAUAUUGCUAUGAGUUUGGGGAGAAGGAAGUAGGCUGGAAGCAAGAUCCUUCUAACUGCUGGAUCCAGGAAGUGUUAAAAUAUAAGCCAGGGUAAUGGGUCAUUAGGAGAACAAGGGGGGCUCUGAGCAAGAUGUGUAGAACAACAACAACAACCAAAGCCAGAGUUUUUCAAGUGAUGUGACCUAGAAGAACUCUGGAGAGAGUCGGAGCAAGGCUUGAAAGCAAGGUUUGAUUUCUCUUUGAAUCCAAGGCUACGGCUAUGAAAGAAACAAGACCCUCUUUGGGUGUCAAUGUUGUGAGCCCCUCCGUAGUAUAGAUUUGCAAAUAAACCAUAGAUUAUGAAGACACCACCGUCUCUGCUGUGCCUCAUUCCAAAAGGAAACACAAACCCUGGGUAAGCGCCUCAAACUCCUGGAAUCUCUGGGUUCUUGGGGUGGUGUGCAACAAAAUCUAGCAGCAUUUCUAGAUGGCAGACAAAAAUGCCAAAGAAAAUUAAAAAUCAUGACCCAAUGCCUGUAGUACCAUGUUGUUGUUAUUCCAUUCUGCACCCUAAAUCUUUUCCUUCCUUUCCCGGUUAUACUGUGAAGGGGAAACCUGAUGGACAGCAAGGCUGGAAUUUAUAAUACAAGCAGAGUGGGGAAAUUAACAUUUCUCCACAUAGAAGGAACUGAAAUGGGAGGAAUAUGGAAUUUUGAAAAGAUUUGUUCAUUUAUUUUGCCAGCACCAUCUUCACUCAUUUCGUCUUGUGUAGUUACAGUACAAUUGGAAGUAAUUAAUCUUUCAAUACAUUAAAAAAUAAAAAGCCUUUU